CCUGAAGGAUUAGUACGGCAGCAUCGGUCACCAUGGCAGCAGCCUACCGUGUGGUGGUAAGCAGUGUGAGCUGCUACAACAGCGUGGUGGUGGAUCGGCGCACCCACUCCCACGCCGUGCACUAUUGUUCGGGCCCGUGCAGAGCGCUCUCCCAGGGGCUGGAAUGUUCUGUGGCCCAUCGUGGUACCUGCUCCGAGCUGCUGGUUGCGCCUGAUUCGCCCUACGCCGACCUGAACGGCCCGUCCGGACACUCUCGGUGCAUGAGCGCCAGACAGAUCCCUCACCAUGUUAAAACGAGUGGUACCGUGGACAUGGUUUAUAAUUGCGGUGCUCUGGAGAGGGCGGGGAGCAGUGGCAAUUUGUUCAUCGGGGAGGAGAACAACAUGUGGCGGGGGAAGAAGAUCCCCAGCGGUGGAGGAUCAACGGGCAACCUGAGCUGCGGUAGCUACGGUAGCCUCAAGGACAUCACCGAAGAGGCCAUCAACCUGGCCAGCGGUAAGCUCAAGGAGUUUUCCGUCGACAAGCUUCGCCUUUCGUCUUCGAGCCACAUCACCUUCCGGAAAGGCCGCAAGGUCCGUCCCGACUCGUUCAGCCGUCGCUCCACCGAUCUGGAGAUCAUCUACGGCCACUUCAGCUCCAGCGUCGCCAGUAACGGCACAGCAAACGCCACCACCGCUGCUCCCAAUGACGAGAACACGCCGCCGUUUUUGGAAACGAAACUGAAGGGCAGUUCCAGCUCCUUGGCGGCUAUUACGAAAGCAAACGGUUCGACGAGCGGCAGCGGGUCGCUUGAUCAAAGUGUGAACACUCUGGCUUCGCUUUAUCGCAACACUCUAGGGGACGAGAACCUGAUUGCCCGUCUGCUGGAGAAAACGUGGGGAGAGGUGGCCGCCGGAGGUGCCGGUGGGGAGGACAUCCGCGCCUGCCUGGACAUCCUGCUCAAAUGCUCAGAAGACCUGAAGAAAUGCACCGACAUCAUCAAGCAGUGCAUCCGACGCAAAGCCGGUGGAGUGCCUCAGGAAGGAGGGGCCAGUCCCGACAGCGUGUACCGGGCCUUGAUGACUCGACUGAGCAUGUAUCUAAAGAGACUACCUUUGGAGCUCGAGGGGGUAGGAGGCAGCGGGCAGGGUGGACAGGGCACACCCGGGAGCGGGCAUUGCGAUCUGAUGGACCUGGUGAACAGUCUCCACUCGGUCCAACAGGCGCCCUUCUCACCGAUAUUUGGCAGCGAGCAGCCUCCUCGUUAUGAGGAUGUGGUGCAGUCGCCUCCCAGCACAAAGACGGCGCCUCCUAGCUCCCCAUCCAUAGCCCUCACCAAUGGACUGCAGCAUUCGCAUCCUCCGUCGUCCGUCACUCAACACGAUCUAUCUCCCGCUCCUGUCACGAGUUUGCCCUCCAGUCGCUCUCCGUCCCGUCUUCGAAUCUCCCCUACCCCACCGUACAGCCACACCCCUCCGGGAUCUCCCUUGGAGGCACUGUACAUUGAGGAGGAAGAUGCAGAUAUUGGUAAGACGUCAGAACAGCUCACUCAACAUGCAACCCACAACAAAAACAUAUCAAAUAAACCCAUUUAUCUAGCUCAACUAGCCUCUACCGGCACUGUCCACAAUCCAACGAGGCCUUCCUCCACCACGCCAGCACACAGGAACGAUGACAUUGACAAACUGCUCAUGGAUCUGGAGAAUCUUUCUCAGAGUAUGAGCAACCCCAGGAGCGCUGAACCCCCACUUCCCGUCAAGACCCGCAAGCAAGGUGGCAUCGGCCUGGGAAUUGUGUCUCCUGAAGCCCAGACUCAGCUCACAAUGCCCCAGAUCCAAAUCAAAACCCCUGCGAGCCACCUCGCAGCGGACGGCACCGGUUCCAAGGCUCCUCAGGGAGAUAACCGCAAUGCUCCAGCCGGCGAGGAGCAGGAGGACGGCGCUUUGCUGUUGAGAAUCUUGGAAAGCAUUGAGAGUUUUGCCCAGGAGCUGGUGGACUCGGGGGCGGGGGGCACCGGGAGCGCUGAGAGGAACAGCGGGAAGGAACGCGAGGUGAUGAGGCUCCUGCAAGGCACACUGGCCUCCACCGGUAGGCCUGACACCCCCAUUGAUAGUACGACUGUAAAAACUGCGCCGGCGGGUUGUCCAGAGGAAACUGUUCCUGCAGUAACCGUUCCGGCCAUACCGCCAAAGCUCUCUGCCCGAUUAACCUCGACUACACUUGCUUUCACACACAAAAACGCAGCUGGAGACGUAUGUACAGCUACGUCUGUGCCUCAACCUAGACCCGAGGCUGCCUCCACAUCUACGCCUCCGCCCGCAACACCUGAAGCGACGGACCCCGUUUCAGAAGCGCCUACGGUCCAGCCCAAAUCCACCUCCGCACCCGCAAACUUGCCUUCCCUUGCGCAUCCCGCCGAGCUGCGGAACGAUGCUGCGCCUCAAGUGCCGACGACCGGUUCCAGCCCGCAAGCGGUCGCCGAGAGAGAUCCCGCUGUUAGCGGUGGCGACUCUCCGGCUUUGAGAGACACGGGUUCAACCCUGCUCAUCCAGCAGACGCCUGAAGUGAUCAGGGUCCAGUCCAAAGCGGAGAAGAAACCCGGCACGCCGCCGCCGGCCCCUGUCCAGGCGUCCACCGUCCCGCAUGCCCCCUCGCAGCGCUCGCCCAGCCCGCCCCCGGCGGCGCCGGUGAUCGUCACCCCUUCUCCUCCUCCUCCUCCUGCCAUCAACAUUCCCAGGUUCUACUACCCGCGUGGGCUUCCUGCCGCGGGCCCACCGGCCAAGCGCGACGCCGCCAUCGCCGCCAUCGAAGCGGCCUUCGCUGAGUUUGAGGAGGAGAAGGCCGACAUUUACGAGAUGAGCAAGGUCGCUAAGGCGUGCGAGUGUCCGCUCUACUGGAAAGCAGCCAUGUUCUACGGGGCCGGCGGCGACAGGACGGGCUUCGUCUCGGUUCACGCCUUCAUCGCCACCUGGAGGAAGUUGCUGCACAGUUGCCACGACGACGCCUCAAGGUUUAUUAACCUGCUGGCCAAACCCGGCUGUCAAUACCUGGAGCAGGAGGAUUUCAUUCCUCUUCUGCAGGACAUCGUGGACACGCACCCUGGACUUACGUUUCUGAAGGAUGCGCCUGAGUUUCAUUCCCGCUACAUCACAACGCAGGUCAUCCAGCGGAUAUUCUACGUGGUGAACCGCUCGUGGACGGGCCGCAUGUCCAUGACGGAGCUGCGGCGCAGCAACUUCCUGCAGACGCUGGCGCUGCUGGAGGAGGAGGACGACAUCAACCAGAUCACGGACUACUUCUCCUACGAGCACUUCUACGUCAUCUACUGCAAGUUCUGGGAGCUGGACGGCGACCACGACCUCUACAUCGACCACAAGGACCUGGCCCGCUACAACGACCACGCGUCCUCCAACAGAAUCAUCGAGCGGUUGUUUUCGGGCGCCGUGACACGGGGCAACGCAGUGCAGAGGGAAGGUCGCAUGAGCUACGCUGAGUUUGUCUGGUUUCUCAUAUCUGAAGAGGACAAGAAAAAUCCCACUAGUAUCGAGUACUGGUUCCGCUGCAUGGACGUGGACGGCGACGGCGUGCUGUCCAUGUUCGAGUUGGAGUUUUUCUACGAGGAGCAGUGCGAGCGCAUGGAGCGGAUGGGCAUCGAACCGCUGCCCUUCCAAGACUUGCUGUGCCAAAUGCUCGACUUGGUCAAACCGGAGAGUCCAGGCAAAAUAACGCUGGGUGACCUGAAACGUUGCCGCAUGGCUCACAUCUUCUUCGACACCUUCUUCAACCUGGAGAAAUAUUUGGACCACGAACAGAGGGACCCCUUUGCUAUGCAGAAGGACCUCGGCGGCGACGGUCCCGACCCGUCCGACUGGGAUAAAUACGCCUCGGAGGAGUACGAGAUUCUGGUGGCGGAGGAGACCGCCAACGAACAGAUACACGAAGGGUCAUUUGAGGACGACUACGACGUGGACGAUCUCCAGGUCCCGGCCGACAUCGGGAAUAAGAUGGAAACGCUGGUCAUUUCCGAUCUGUCGGCGUGAGGAAAAAGUGGAUUGCCUUUUUAAACAUUUUCGGAUUGGAUGCGCCCAACAGAAAAGGACAUAAAAGAGGAAAAGGACAUCUGUUAUGUAAAUGAUGACUUUUUGUUUGUUUGUUUGUUGUUGUUUUGUUUUUUUGUGUAUACAGACGAAUGUUGACGUGUGCGCGUGCGUGGGUGGACAUGCAUCUCGCGCGCACACAACAAAGCGGAUGAGUGAGGCUUUGUUCGAUAAGCUCUUAAAGGAACACACUACACUAAAGAAAGCGGAAAGUUUUUUGAGUUUUUUGAGGUUUUUUUUUUCGGAUCAAACGUUUUGACAAUCAUGCGCUAAGACAAUCACAUGACACAGAAGAGAAUGGUUGUGCAAAUAUUGCUGUUAAAAAAAUCUUUUUCCCCAAAAUUUGAGAAAAAAAUCUGCACCUGGGAAAACAUUUUUGAACUUUUUCUUUGAGAAAAAUGCCUCGUCGUGAGAAAAAAAAUGGCAAAAAGGAUGGCAAUCCAUCUUGUGAAAAGUUAUGACAAAUAUUUCCUUUCCCCCUAAAAAAAAUUCAAGAAAAAUCUCGUCUGCAUUUUUUUCCAUUUUGCAAAAACGAGAAAAAUCUCACUUUUUUAAAAAUUUUAUUUAAAAGCAAAAAAUGACUGUGGCCGUGCAAACAUUUGUCCAAAAAGAUCUCCACGCCUGCAAAGAAAAUAUUUUAUUUUUGUGAAAUAUUUUGAGAAAUGUAUUAAAGUUUC